AUGAGAGAGAAAGGUAGAGAGAGAAGGAGCGAAAACUUGAGGGUGUGGGAGAGGAAAAGUCACGACCAAGCUGAAGAGGGAUGGACGAGGGUGAGAGGGAGGAAGCAAGAUCGAAUCACGUCGUAUUUUUUCACCUGCUUUCCUGAGAAUUUUGGGAAAGAGGCUAUGUGGGGAAUAUUCCAGAGAUAUGACAAGGUGUGGGACUUGUUUAUCUCAGACAGAAGGGAUAAAAAUGGACGGCGCUUUGGGUUUGUACGCUUUAGAGAUGUGCAGAAUCCUCUGGAUUUGGAAAGGAGACUGGAUCAGAUAGUGAUUGGGGCUUCGAAGAUUCACGUCAAUUUACCUAAGUAUACAAAGGUAGACAGACAGCAGGCAAUUACAGUAACACAAACGGAUUAUGCAGCUACGAGAAGGGAUCAUCCAGCUACGAGAAGGUAUCAUGCAGCCACGAGAAGGGACAUAGGAGGAGAGGCUACUGUCCAUGGUAACGGGAGGGGGAAGAUCUCCUCUUAUGCUCAAGCAGUGAUGGCUGGCUCAAAAGCUACGAAAGGGUGGGUACGUAAAAGGCCAGAAGGUGAAACGAAAAAAGAAGAAGGGAAGAAUAUGGCGGCACUAGAAUUAUGGCAUGGGCCGGAGAUUCCGAAGGGCGAAGAUUGGCUUCAGCGCAGUAUGGUUGGGACAAUUAAAAAUCUGGAUACGAUCCCAUUACUCCAGGAUGCUUUCAUGCUCGAAGGCAAUGCAACAGUCCAGGUACGCUAUAUGGGAGAUGAUCUAGUGUUAAUUACUGGACCUGAGGGAGUGGAGUUGGAAGGAAUUCUGCAGGAAGCUGAAGAGUGGCUGAAGGAGUUUGUUGUUAAAUUACAACCAUGGAGUCCAUCGAUAGCUUUCACUUGCCGGGUGACAUGGGUUAGAUGCUACGGGGUACCAUUGAAUUUGUGGUCAUUGGAAUGCUUCAAAUAUCUUACGUGCCCAGUGGGGAAUAUAAUUAAAAUGGAUGAAGGAACCAGUAUGUUCACAACAUUAGAACACGCAAGGAUGCAGAUAAGAACAACUGCAUUGGAACCCAUAUCCUUGACAAGGAAGAUGAUGAUUGAUGGGAUUACACAUACAAUUAGAAUUACAUAG